UGCACACACACACACAGACAGACAAAAUAUCACACAUAGUCACAGAAAGGAAAACAUUUUCUCUCACGCAGAUGGCUGCUAGCGCACUCCUCUCUCCCUCUCUUUCUAUAAGCAGGUGUUGAAAUGCAACACUAACUAUUAGAGGCCGAGAGAAAAAGAGGGGGAGAGAGAACGGGAGAGAGUGCACUUCCCCAACUGUAGCGGAGAGAGAGAGGGGACGAGAGCGAUUGUCAACGAGGAGAGGGAGAGCAGAAGCCUAAAGAGGGAUCUGCAUGGUAAGUAACCAGACCAGCGAGCACUUUUUUUCGUUUAAAGUUCCUGUUUUUUGUUGGAGGGAGAAGAAAAUAAAUAAAGAUACAACGGAGGACCCUGUCCCCUACUUCCCCUUUCUGGACGAGUGGAGUAAAAAUCUGAGGAAGACCCGAAGGGAAAGAAGCUGGGAGGGACACAAGGCAGUCAUGGAUAGCACAUAGAGCCUCAGCCAGACGCUAGGAUGGCCUGGAUUCACACACUGUCGCUGGCAACCAUCCAGCUCAGAAGCUACUGAUACCCAUGAGUCAUGCUUCCCGGGUAUGGAUUCUCCCCUCUCCCUGACUUCCAGCCUCACCUCCAUGCCUUCCGUUGCCGAGGAGAGUGUCCCAGCAUGUGGUUCCCGGUCUCAGGCGAGUCCCAGGCUUUGAGCGAGGCCCGGGACGACAGGCCUCUCCUGCGGCAGUGCCAGCACAACCACAUCGCCGUGUGUCAGCAGGAGCUGCAGCCGCCUGUGACCCCCAGCGACAACGGCCAUGGAUCACCUACUGCAGACGCUCAGCACUCCACCCCUUUGCCUCUGAAUCAUCGCAAACACACAAGGACUGAAGCAGAAAAUGGCGGCUGGAGGAGUAACCCUGAUCAAGACACUGAUACUGAUAUGGACCUGAGUUCACACUCUCAGAUGCUAGGGGGCGACGUUGAGCUUUUUAUCCGGGAAGAUAGGAGGACUGACACUCCAGGGCAAGAGAAGUGUGAGAGACCCAUGGUGGUGUCGACGGUGUUURGUCCCCUCCACACAGCCCUCAGCCUGCCCCUGUUCCUCCCUCUGUCCUCCCUGUACAGGGACACAGACUACUGUAACUCUCAGCCACCUGGCUCUCCAUCCUCACAUGAGCCUCCGGAGCUGCAGACCCCAGACACCUGUCGACCCCAGAGGAGGACGUCACAGGGCUCACUCAAGGAAAAGUCAAUCCGGCGUAAGAUGCGAGUGUACUCACCAGACAGCCUGAGUGAUGAUUCUCUGGUCAGCCCCAUUCUGGAUGGCGACUACCUCUUCCCCGGACCCUUCGAUUCCUUCCUGGAGGAGGACAUCGGGGGAGACCCUGUAGAUGCCACGAGUCCCUCAUCAACAGGGGGGACACCCAACCCCCGAAAGACUCCACCUUUUUCCGCAGAGCCGCUGCAGUUGUCAGAGCACUCAUCUGUCUUGAACUGUGGGGCUGUAGAGAAUUCCUCGGCCACCGGAGGAAGCUCUUUAGCCCGCUCCAGUAUGGCGGAACACGAGCGGCGUCGCUUCUCAGCCUCGGAACUGAUCUCACGGCUACAGCUUUCCCAGAGGAAGAACUCGUUCACACUAAAGCUUGGCAAGUCGCUGUCAGCUCGCGUGGCCUCCCGUGACAGGCAGAACCCCAGCAACUUCAGCUCUGACUAUAAGUCCACUUCCAGGCAUCGUGGCUCAGGUGGUGCCAGUGACAGCGCCCCCCAUAGUCCAGUAGGACCUGCACCGCAACUGCCAUCUGCUGACAAUAAUACGCAACAACAUCGACGUAGCACCGGAUUCACAAUCAAAAAUUUGAGGAAGAAAUCCAUUGAGGAUGAUUGGUGCACUCCUCCCACAGUCAGCAGAUCCAAUCGUCUGUCACGGUUUCUCCCCAGCUCAAUUCUGUACCAGGAGUACAGUGAUGUUGCAAUCAACCGAGAAAUCCUGAGGCAGCAGGGGGAGGAGCCAGGUGCUGAGGAGGAGGGGCUAAGGGAGGAAGGGGCUGGGGAGACUCCAUCUCCAUCUAAUCUGUCUCCAUCCAGCUCCUUUUGCUCCUCYUCACGAGGCUCCGCCUUCUCGCUGUGGCAAGACAUCCCUGAUGUCCGGACCAGUGGUCAGCUGGACAACUUCAGCAACGUGGAGCGCAAACUACAGGAGGCCAAGUUUGAGCUGGUGACGUCAGAGGCGUCGUACAUUCGGAGCCUGACCAUCGCAGUGGACCAUUUUAUGCUGUCCCAGGAGCUGGGGGAGUGUCUGGGGACCCAGGACAGACAGUGGCUCUUCUCCAAGCUCCCCGAGGUCAAGGACGUCAGUGAGAGGUUCCUGCAGGACCUGGAGCACAGGCUGGAGGAGGACAUCUUGCGUUUUGACGUGUCUGACAUCGUCCUGGCCCACUGUCCCGCCCUGCGCAGGGUCUACCUCCCCUACGUGACCAACCAGGCCUACCAGGAACAGACCUACCAGCGCAUGUUACAGGAGAAUGCUCGCUUCCCAGGUAUCCUGGCUCGUUUGGAAGAAGACCCCAUCUGCCAGCGUCUUCCCCUCGCCUCCUUCCUCAUACUCCCCUUCCAGAGGAUCACACGGCUCAAGAUGCUGGUGGAGAAUAUCCUAAAGAGGACAACACCAGGCUCUAGGGAUGAGGACACAGCCACCAAGGCCUUCAAUGAGCUGAAAAAGAUUAUAAAGGAAUGUAACUCCAGUGUGCAGUCAAUGAAGAGGAUGGAAGAGCUCAUUCACCUCAAUAAGAAGAUCCACUUUGAGGGCAAGAUAUUCCCUCUGAUCUCCCAGUCUCGCUGGCUGGUCAAGCAUGGAGAACUGCUAGAAGUGGACACACAGACCAUGAGUAUUUCUGGGUCAAAGUUCAAGUUGCCCACAAGGCCUGUGUACCUGCAUCUGUUCAAUGACUGUCUUCUGCUGUCCAGGAGGAAGGACACUUGGAAGUUCAUGGUGUUUGUUCACGCUAAGAUCGGGCAGCUGAAGGUGAAGGACCUCAGUCAGAAGCUUCAGGGCAUCUCAGGUUUCAUCUUCCACCUGCAGCUGUGUGAAGGCCGGCAACUCAAACACCAGAUCCUACUCAAGGCCCAUACUGAGAGUGGGAAACAAAGAUGGAUCACAGCCAUGUUCCCCUCUGAUCCUUUGGAAGAUAUUGAGCAGGCCACUGAGAAUGAUGAUCUUUCCCAAGUUCAAUGCAUCAAGAGUUACCAGGCCCAAGAGCAUGACGAGCUUACAUUGGAGAAGGCUGAUAUUCUUCAAGCCAAGACCAUUACAAGUGACGGCUGGGUGGAGGGCAUUCGGCUGUCAGACGGGGAGCGGGGCUGGUUCCCCAAAACCAACGUGGAGGAGAUCACAAGUCGCAGUGCGCGUCUCCGCAACCUCAGAGAAAACAUCCGCAUUAAGUGUGUCACACAGAAACUGGAAGAGGAGCUCUUUUAAGUGUCCUUUCCAUCCUGCAGCUUUUCAUUUACACUUGGAAUGUCCAAUCAAACAGGGCAGCAACUCUCAACCCGUAUCCAUUAGACCCAGCUUUUAUGCAAAUCAAAUCAUAUCAAAGUUUAUUUGUCACGUGCGCCGAAUACAACAGGUGUAGACCUUACAGUGAAAUGCUUA